AUACCUUCUAUAACUCAAAAACCCAUAUGAUUUUGUAAAUUGUAUUUAAUAGAGAUAUUUCGUAGUCCACUCCUAUUUUAGUUUCACCUCCAACGACGGUGAACAAACAGGGUCACCGAGAUAACUCAAGAGAAGAACCCGGCCACCACUGCCACCGCCCUCUGACCUCUCUUCAGCAUCCAGGUGUUUGAUUAAAUGCUCAACUGAUCAAGAAAAUGGCAGCUCUAGCGUUUGCUCCAUCUGUCUCUCCUCCGUGGCACCUCGAUUCCGUUUCACUCGGAUCCCAUUUCGUGCCUAAACUUGAACUUAGUGUGAGCACAAGGAGACGAUGCAUCGAAAAACCCGUUGUUUCGACCUCAUGUUCGGCAUCUCCCCACAAAAUAAUCCGUGAUCCGAGGCUAGACAAGCAUGUGGUGAAGCAGAAAAAGAUACGAUUCGUUCAAAAGCUUAAGACACUUCUCCUUUCUAAACCCGAGCACUUCAUGCCUAUUCAAGUUCUCUACAAAUGCCGCGGCUACUUGUCUUUGCCCAAAUCCCGCUCCAUCCUACCAAUGAUUCGUCGUUAUCCCACUGUGUUCGAGCUCUUCUACAUUCCCACUCCUCCUACUCCGUUCCAUGCUGCUGGCCCUCUCUCUCAGCUCUGCGUCCGCCUAACCCCACCAGCUGCAGCCCUUGCCAAGAAAGAAUCAGAUCUCAAGAAAUCUAUGGCUAUUUCUUUGGCAGCUAAACUCCAAAAGCUGUUAAUGCUCGCCUCCCCAUAUCACCGCCUUUUGUUACACAAGCUCGUGCAUUUGGCUCCCGACCUAGGCCUUCCUGUCAACUUUCGCUCCCGUCUCUGCAAUGACCAUCCGGAUAGGUUUAAAGUCGUGGACACUUCUUACGGUCGCGCUCUUGAGCUUGUUUCGUGGGACUCCAGUUUGGCCGAAGCGUUGCCAUGGCGGGAGGAGGACAGCAAGUCUCGUGGUCUGAUAGUUGACAGGCCGUUAAAAUUCAAACAUCUGAGGCUGCGGAAGGGGCUGAAUAUCAAGAGGUGGCAUCACGAGUAUUUGAUAAAGUUUAAGGAUCUCCCGGAUGUGUGCCCAUACACUAGCAAUCCGGAAGAAUUGGCGAGAGAGUCAAUGAGGGCAGAGAAGAGAGCUUGUGCUGUGGUGAGGGAGGUUUUAGGGAUGACUAUGGAGAAGAGGACGUUGGUGGAUCAUUUGACGCAUUUUAGGAAGGAGUUUGGGCUGUCGAACAAGGUGAGAGGAAUGUUGGUAAGGCACCCGGAGCUGUUUUACAUAAGCUUGAAGGGGCAGAGAGACUCGGUGUUUCUUGUGGAGGGCUAUAGUGAGAAGGGCAGACUGCUGGAGAAGAAUGACAUAAUCGCGAUAAAGGAUGAGAUGAUGAAACUGGUGUUACAAGGAAAGAGGCUGCGGCGGAACGAGGUUAUGAGCAACAACUCUGAUCAUCAUCAAAAUUACAUCCUAACUGUGGAUAAUCAAGUGGAUGAAGAUGAUGAGUAUGAUGAUGGACUAGAUGAUCUCUUCCAAGUAGAAGAUUUUACUUCUGAUGAUGAUGACGACGAUGGUGAUGGUGAAAGUGAAGGGCAUCAAGAGAUAGGGGAAUUUUGGAGCGCUGAGGAAACUCCAUUGCUACAAUAUCAUAAUGCUUGUGAUUUAGAACCCUGGUAGUGUCAUCAAGUUUUCCCCCAAAUCCAUAUAAAUCGUGUAUUUUAUCUACCUUCUUGUAUAUUACUAAUGAAAUGACACGAAAUGAAACCAAAGAUAUAGUAAUUAAUUCAUAAAAAUUGAUAUCAAAGGGAUCAUUUCAAUAUAUUAGAUAAGUAA